AUGCCCCUGAUCGUACUCGUGCAGAAGUUUGUGGCUACCUUGCUACAAAAAAAUGGACUUGACAUUGCUCUCGCUGACAAGCUACAAAGAUCAUUUGCAUGGAUCCCUCCCCUCGCAACAGACUCUGAUGACCAGGAUUAUCUCGAGGGUCUGGAAUCAAUUACAGAUGAGGAGUUGGUGGAUGAAUUUGAAAGAUUCGAGCGCAAGACACGGGAGGCUGGCCAAGCACGAGAAAAUGAUGAGGCAAGCGGUAGUUUGUUUGCAGGUGAUGUGCCGGAUGUUCUGGAUGGUGGCCUUGUUGACUGGAGUGAGCUAGAAAGGGUUAACAAAGGUGUCACACCAACUGGCUUCGUUGAAGAGAUUGAGGUACUCAAUCAAAGCUCAAACAAUAUAUCAGGGUGGAAUGUUGAUGCACUUUUGACGUCAGAAGGCAUAGCCUCGAUGUAG